GCUCUCGAAAUGGAAACGUUUAAUGACAUUGUAAUUCUUGAGAUUCCGGAAAACAUGAACCGUGGUAAAACAUAUGCUUACUUUCGAUGGGCAUCAGAGAAUGCUACGAUUCCUUUCUACUAUCAUUCGACAUCCUCAGGAGAUACAAAUGAACCAUUACAACUCGAGGCCGGCGACCAGAAGCCUGACCAAAAGGUUUCAGUUGGGUUUAGAAAGGCAGAUUUCGUGGUCAAAGCUGAUGACGACGCCUUUAUUGUUUUGAGAGAACUCGAACGCCAUUUGAGGGUUGCGCCAAGAAACAAGACUUAUUGGGGCUAUCUGAUCCGCAAUCUAUUCAUGGGAGGAGAAUGCUACGCACUGUCUUCUGAUCUCGUAGAUUACGUGGCAAGCUCAGCAUCAGUUUUGAAUCACUUGACAGGAGCCGAAGACAAGAAGGUAGCAAAAUGGAUGAGAAUCCAUCCUAACGCCACAUCGAUCAAUUGGGUCACUGAAAAGUGUUGGAUCUACGAUCAUCCCAAAGCUGGCACGACUUAUGCUCACGGCUUCCUAUUCCCUGAUGAAGUCAGGCGAGUCAGGGAAGAAGGAAAACGAGGCUUGACUGAAGCUGAACUUCAAUUAAGGGGUUACGACUGGCCACAAGCUUACUCUACUGUGACGAGAUGGAAAGAAAGGUAUCUUCCUCCUAGGAGUCGGAUGACGAUGGAAGAAGAGGUUGAGGAUCUCGUCGAAGGAGGCGGUAAAUUCAAUCGCACCGAUUGGAGAUCAUCUGACAUUGAUCAAAAGCCCUUGGUACGGAUCGAUGAAGUACUUUUUGAAGCGAAUGAUCAACGAUUACAACUACCGACGAUCUUAAGCACCUUACCAGAAGACGAAAUGAGAACAAAAGGAGUCACUGAACACGGUGCCUUUAGCAGCGGUGCUCACUCUAGUAGUGCACUCUUGAGCUCUAGCGCCCACCACGAACCAUCUAUCCCACUGAAGUUUGGUCGACCACCUAGUGAACUCUUGACACCUUUACCGGCUUAUGAAGAUUUACCUGAAUCAGAUUUUAAACAAGCACUUGGAAGAGUAGCGAAAGAUAAUCAACGAGUCGAAUUAAAUCACAAAGAAAACAAGAUGAUUGGAUUACCAGCCGUCAGAUUCGAUGAGGAUGAGAAUAGAUUAAGAGAGAUUAGGUUUGAAGGACGUAAGAAUGGAGGCACGGUAGUAGUUCAUUAUCUCAAGCGAAAUGAAUGGUUUUUGGAAACUCAAUUAGUACUCUUAGGCAAAUCAUAUACAUGGGACUCGGGACUUGAACCCAUGGAUCACAUUACUAGGAUUGAAAAGGCCGCGAUUGGAACCAAGAACAAGUUAGAAGUUAUCGAAUCUGGGAAUGAAAGGUUCGGAGGUGCUAGAAUGUAUGGUAGUCCUUUAAUUGAAUUAGAUGGGACUAUCAAAAUGGGUGAAGCAAGUAAACUUGAAGAAGUUGAAGAACCUGAUUUAGCGAUAAGGAAAACUAUCGAAGGUGGAGCCGGUUGGGUUAGAGGUAAACCUAGAGUUAGAGUUAGUGAUUUAGAGAAUGGACCCGAUUUUAGUUUAGGAAAGGAAGAAGAAAAAGAAGAUGAGAAGGAAGAAGAGAAAGCAGUAGUGGAAGAAGAAACGACUGAGAUUGUAGAGAAUUCAGAACCUUUACAGUCACAUUUAACAUCAACACCUCUAUCAUCAUCAUCAUCGUCAUCACCAUCACCAUCAUCUUUACUACCAACAUCUUUAACUGCAACAGUUUCAUCAGAUCUGUCAAGAGGAGUAGAUCAACAGAUUAGAUUGCCCGAUGAUCAAAGUGAGAUUUUGAAUAAUCGUCCUACUUUGGAACAUCAUCAACCUCAAUUUAAUCUUAACAACACUGGUAUUGAUAUCUGAAAGCUUUGUUGUUAAAGAAGUACAUGAUGAGGUUCUUCUCGUUAUCAACUUUUUGAUCUACAUUUGUUUUUCAAACAUUCUUUUUUUUUCCUUUGGUUGGAAUAUAUCAUUAGCUUUUUUAUUUUCUUUCUUUUAACUUUUUUUUUUUGAUUUCGAUCCUUUUACUUUUUUUAUCUUCUCUCUCCUUUUUUUUGUAGAAGUGAUUUGUUCUUUUUUUUGCUCUUUUGAUAUGAAAGAAGAUUGAAAAAAAAGACUAUUUUUUUUGGCAG